AUGGCAACCUUGGCAAAUGUCAAGAUCGACCGCGAAUUCUGGAAAGACUAUCUUUCAACCCAAGCGAGCCGAUUGCCGCACCUCGACGACGUGGAAGAUGUCACGGACAGGGUCAUCAGGGUCAUGGGAGGAAACCCCGGUGAAAUGCAGCUCCAGGGUACGAACACCUUCCUCGUUGGCACCGGCAAGGCACGAAUUCUUAUUGACACUGGUGAGGGAGUUCCGGUAUGGAUUGAACGACUAGUCGGGAUUUUGAAGGAAAGAGAUCUCAUCAUCACGCAUGUGCUCCUCACACACUGGCAUGGCGACCACACUGGCGGUGUGCCCGAUCUCGUUGCAUACGAUUCCGCUAUUGCGGAUCGCGUUUACAAGUGCAAUCCUGAUCCAGGCCAGAAUGAUAUCGAGGACGGACAGAUAUUCGCUGUCGAGGGCGCCACUAUCAAAGCUCUCUUCACACCAGGUCACGCGGUUGACCAUAUGUGCUUCUUCCUCGAAGAAGAGAACGCUCUGUUCACUGGUGACAAUGUUCUGGGGCACGGCUUCACUGUCGUCGAGGACCUCGCCGUCUACCUUCAAAGCCUCGACCGCAUGGCGGAACAGGGCUGCACCAUAGGAUACCCGGCUCAUGGGAUUGAAAUACAGAAUCUGCCGGCUAAGCUCAACCAAUACAUCAGGCAGCGGAGGGCACGAGAGAAGCUGAUUUACGGGGUGCUACUCGACAGUAUGUCGAAUGGAGGACGAAAUACAUACAGCAAGUCUGGCUUGUCAACGCGGGAGAUUAUCAGUAAGGUACAUGGAGACGUUCCAGCCCACUUGCUUCAGAGUGCAAUUGAGCCGUCCACAAUGGAGAUUCUGCGGAUGUUGGCCGACACUCGCAAGGUGGGAUUCAUUAUGCAGGGAGGGACGCAGCGGUGGUUUGUUAACAAAACGUGUAAGUUGGUAGUUGCAUAG